CGUCCUGCUGUAGACCCUUUACGCUACGCGACUAUCGAUAGAAGCUUGUCGACGACGUCGUAGUAUUCUUGCGGUGAAGACCCAAACUGGGGUAUGAAAUGAAGAAAUCCAUAGCUUGCCUAGAAAGGUUGUGAGGACAACCUCGUUUUUACUAGAUUUUCCGUGUGCGAGGUUGCCCGCUGAGCGGGCCUCGGGGCGAGCCGCAACAGCAGCAAGUGCAGCCCCAGUAAUAUAGCUUGAGGACAAGCAUGGGUAACCUGUGCUCUUGUGUGGGCGAGGGUCAAACCAACGCUGCAGCGGCGUCAGCGCAAAAUGGACAGGCUGCGCCUGCGAAGCAGGCUGCGCCGAAGAAGGAGCCCGGCCCUAUGGACAUCAUAGAGCAGGCCCUAGCAGAGGCGCAGCGCGAACUGGAUAAGAACAAGGGGCAUGACUUUAACGACAAGUAUAAAGUCAGCAAGCUGGUGGGCCACGGCGCGUUUGCCAAGGUGAUGAUUUGCUCUCAUAAAGACACGCACGAGAAGUUUGCGGUCAAGACGGUGCAAAAGAACCAGGAGGACCCGGGCAAGCAGCGAGAAGGCAUUCUCAAGGAAAUCGCCAUCAUGCGCAUGCUCUGCGACCAUCCGAACACCAUCAAGCUCUAUGAGGUGUUUGAGGACAAAGAGAGCUACCAUCUCAUCCUGGAGCUGUGCAGUGGCGGCGAGCUGUUCGACCAGAUUAUCGCCAAGGGGCACUUCAGCGAAAAGGACGCUUCGGAGAAGAUGCACUGUCUGCUGGACUUCAUUGCGUACGCGCACUCCAAGAACAUCAUCCACAGAGACCUGAAGCCGGAGAAUAUUUUGCUCUCAGACAAAACGCAGCACGCAAUCCUGAAGGUCAUCGACUUCGGCACUAGUGACUUCUGCCUGGACGGGCAGCGGCUCAGUCAAAAGUUCGGGACGCCAUACUACGUGGCGCCAGAGGUGCUCAAGAAGGACUACGACAAGUCCGCGGACAUCUGGAGCGCCGGAGUAAUCAUGUUCAUCCUCUUGUGCGGCUACCCGCCGUUCGGUGGCAAGACAGACGCAAAAAUUCUGCAGCGUGUGCAAGCAGGGCAAUACUCGUUUGACGGCAAGGAGUGGGAGGUGGUGACAGAGGCGGCGAAGGACAUGAUUGCGCACAUGCUGGUGAUGGACAUCGCGAAGCGCGCGACUGCGAAGCAGCUCCUGCAGCACCGCUGGUUCCAGGUGGCCGCCACAGCGCCGGCCGCGGCGCUGGGCGCGCACAUGGUCAAGCGCCUGCGCGCAUUCGCCGGCAUGAGCCGCAUGAAGCGUCUGGCGCUCGUGGUGCUCGCGCGGACGCUUACGGACAACGACGUUAAGCGCCUGCGGGAGCUGUUUGUGGCGAUGGACACCAACAACGAUGGUCGCAUCGACAGCAACGACCUGCACAAGGCGCUGGAGAAGGUGGGCGCCGCCAUCGACGAGAGCGAGAUGCAGGACCUGUUCCACGCUUCGGACAUCGACGGCAGCGGCCAGAUCGAUUACGAGGAGUUCAUUGCGGCCAUGCUCGAUUCGAACCGCGUGGCGCGCCGCAAGGAGGCGGUGCGCAAGUCGUUUGAGGAGCUCGACAAGGACGGCGACGGCUUCAUCACGGCGGAGGACCUGGUGAAGGUGAUGCCGCGCGGCUCAUCCAUUGAGCUUGCGCGCGAGAUGGUGAAUGAGGUGGACAAGAACAACGACGGCCGCGUGGACUACGCGGAGUUUGAGAAGAUGAUGCAAUCAUGAGGAGCUCAAGCUUGGAGGAUGGCGCAGCAGCCGGAGCUGGAGACAGCAAGGGGCCCCGGAUACGGUCGCAGUUUUCUUGUUGGUUUUCGUGGGCGGCUGAAAUCACCGGGCAUGAUAUUGUCAGAAGGGCCAUCUGCUGUAACGUUGCAGAGAGAGGCGCGAGAGCGCUGUCAGUGGACCGACCGAGGGACGCAAAGUACUACAAUGGGGCCAUGAGCCGAGCAAGGGCAUCCCAGCAUGCCAGUGCAAUCUUUGUGGCUCUAGAUGAAGCGCAUACUGAGUAUAAGCAAAUCGGAUGAUGACCGUGGGCGUUUGUGGGAUGGGGUGUUGGGUUGCAGAGCCUGGUUGCGCUGGCACGUCUUUAUGGCCCGCUGACCACAUGCUUGGUGAGCACUUGAGGCACGUGCUUACCUAUUCCGCUGGGCGGUGCUUCCUAUAUGUGCGGAUGUGCGCGCGCUUUUGGUGGAACAUUCACAUCCCUAGUUAGGCGGGGGCAUUUGUAAUACCGCGAGCUGCCGUGUCCGCAACUCCGCACGGCUGAGGAUGCGGCUUAAUUGUUUAUGAAGUCAUGUUCUCGCUCUGCGGUUAACGGUUAGUGUACCGUAUGUAAGCUGAAACUGUGUCGGAGCUAUAGGUGACAAUAGGACGGCCCUUUGCCGGCGGCUGACCAUGAUGGCUCAUCACAAGGGGAAUGUUCGAUAUCUGGCAUGUGCUGUAGUGCUCUGCAAGUUUUGGUAGAUUGGUAAAAGCGAAACAAGUCCUUCGUUGCUGGACCGUGAUGGGGUUCCGUGAAGGAUACACCGCUGAGUACACCCUGUAAUUGCGCCCCUGUCAUGGUCUGACAUAGUAAAGACGUGCUGUCCUUGGCCUUGGCGUGCACGGGCUCUCUAGUCGCUUGGACGACACAAGGGGUGAAGGGGGCGCGAGGCAAUUGGCUCCUGUCACUGUAAGGCGCCGUGCUUGA